CUCCCCAAAAUUUUGAGUCCCGACCCGAACGCAACAUCUUUUCGUUGAUCGCUCGUGCCGUCCUGUGCGGCAUACCGUCAUAUACUUUCGAUUCAAUAGGUUAUGUAUUUCGUCGCCUAGGGUCCCGGGACCGAGGAAAGGCGGUUCUUUUCUCCUCUCGCGCCGCCUUCUUAGAUCCUUCGCUCUGGUUCUCCACAGCCAUCAGCACUUCCACCGAUCGAGUCCGGGCGAUUCGACCCCCUUCUUGAAGAACUAAUGGCGCUUUGGCAUCGAAUCAGAUCCACCAGGCUCGGAUCCCUCUCCCACCAAUGCCGGAGAUGGUACUCCCCGUUCCGCGGAGCCGCCGGGGACGCCGGAGCUCCGGCGGCGGGCCUCCCGGAAGGGCGUUGGAGGUCGAAGGCCCUGGAGUGCCCUCUUGGGGCGCCGCCGUUCCGGCCCACCUUGGGCUUCGAGCACACCACCGUGAGAUCCUUUGCAGCUCCCGUCCAGGCGAAAUCGAAACCAAAACCAGCCGCGGAUGCCUCUGAUGGGCCUCGAAUUAAUGGAGCGAUCACGGCUGCGUAUGUUCGACUUGUUACGGAUGAAGGGCAUGGUAUUGUCUCAAUAAGGGAAGCACUUGAUCGUGCAAUGAAGCUCAAGCUUGACUUAGUUGAGGUUCAAAGAACUGCAAAUCCACCUGUUUGCAAGAUCAUGGAUUUCCAUAGGGAGAAGUACAAACAAGAAGUAAAGGAAAAAGAACGUGCAAAAACCAAGUCUGCACUCACGUUACGCGGCGGGGAGAACAAAGAGGUUCGCUUUAAAGCAAAAACUGAAUUGAAAGACCUAAAAACUAAAGCAGAUCAAAUUACAAGAUUGAUGGAGCGUGGUUACAGGGUGAAGUGUAUGGCCAUGCCCAUGGGUAAAGAAGAUGAAGACCUUGGAGACCCGCUAUCACGUCUUUUAGCUCUGAUAGAAGAUGUUUCUGUUGUGGAAAGUGGUCCACAUGUGGAUUCAAGGCACGCAUAUGUGAUAGUCAGGCACAUCAAGUUCACAACAAAGAAAUCUGGAAAGAAAGCAAGCAAGGUUCUGGAUGCUGUGAGUAAAGGGAUCCAAAGUCCUGUUCGUAACACACCUUCAACAGUGAGUAGCAUAAUCCAAGAUGAGAUGCCACAGACUGAAGAGGAAUGGGAACCUACUGAGUGCAGUUCAGCAACUGAGGGUGACUAUGACCAAGUAGAAGCAAACGCUCAGCAUCUCACUGCUGAACCUACCCCAUCAUUAAAUGAAGCAUCCGAUCGAGACUUCAAUAAGGAAAGAGGUUGGCCGCGAUUCAAUGCAACCAAUGAUUUUAAGAAAGCAUUUGGUUUUGAUUCUAGAAUGAAGAGUAUUGAUUCUGGUUUGGGUGGAAGUACUGGUCCAGUCUUGCAUUCCCUUCCAGAAGAUAAUAGUAGUAAGCCAUCAAAUCAGAAAUUUUCUGCUGCUUCGGUUGUUGGAGGCUUUCCAGCUUCUAAGCCUGGACUUGACUCGCUGAAAGCAAAAAUGGCAAUGAAAGAAGAGCCUUCUAUUGUGGAGAUCAAUCGUUACAUCAAACGAAGUGAUCCGAAGGGGAGGUUCCAUCAGACAAAACCGAGACAGGGAAGUGCAGUACCUGAUAUGGAUCAAGGGAGGAUGCCACCAGAGCCUACUAGAAGUGAAAGUCAACGGCAUGAUCAGGCUGAUCAAAAGCAAAGACAGUUCCAUCCAAGUAAUUCUGCUUCACCAUCACCGAGCUAUGGAAGUUUCCGCAUUCGAAGUGCUGCCAAUCAAGGCAGAUCAUCUGGCAAUAAGUCUGUUGAUCCUAGUUCGUCACCACAAAGCUAUGGGAUUUUCAAUGCUCAAAAAACUGCUGCUUCUGGAGAUCAAAGGAACUUGGGAGAUUCAAACAUUGGCAAGUCCGAUAAUCCUGGUCUACGAAAACCAAGUUAUGGAAUUUUUACUAGUCUCGAAACUUUGCCCCAAGGUAGUCAAGCAAACUCAGGAGACGAGUCUGUGAGCAAGCCUGAAAAUGCCACGUCACAGAGACCUAGACCUAGUUAUGGAAUUUUCUGUGCGAGAAAACCUGCUGGCUCCAGCGAGCAGGGGAACAUGAGUGAUGCGAAUCCUGGUAAGGCCAAUAAUCCUAGCUCAUCACCUCCAAGAUACGGAAUUUUUAGUGCUACAGACACUCCUUCCACAAGUAAUUGAAGGAGCUAUGAAGGUGCAACUUAGUAUUUGGAGGGGAAAACCAAUUAAUCUCCAUUGAGAAUCCCCUGAAUAUUUCAAAAAUUGGUAGUUGAGAGCCGGAGAAGAGAUUAUUUGUAUGGCGGGCGGGCGGAGGCGGGGCGGGGUGGGAUGGUGGAAUAUUUGGUAAAGAGAACCCCACUGUUACCCACCAUAAGAGCUUUUUGAUAGUGAAUUCAGCAACUCCGAGUUAACGCGUAGAAUGCACUACCACUUUAUAUUCAUGUAUUUAUUCAGCUUCUUACAAUUUAUUCUUUCAGCAUUGCUUCAAAUGAAAACCCUAUACAACUUUCAUUUUGGUCGAUA